GUUGUCAAUGAAAAUGAUGAUGAAAUGAUUAUUUUGAAGAAAAAUAAUCAUCAUCAUCAUAAAUCAUUCAUAUUGAGAGAAGAAAAUCGAAUUAAAUUAAGUGAACCUGAACAUGAAAAAUGUGAAAUCAAUUUGAAUCGAUCCAAUAAUAAUAAUUCUUUGUUAAUUGCAAAUAAGAAUAAAACUACUACCGCUACUAUUGUUGAAUCGGUUGAAGAAAAAGAAAAAGAGAAAGAGAAAGAAGAACAAAUGAAAAUUAUAAAAAUUACAAAUGUUUCAAUGGAAAGAAAAAAAUCAAAAGAAAUUGUAAAAGUAUAUCAUGAUAUUGGAUCCACCAAACAGAAUGAUAAUAAUAAUAAUAAUGACGAUGAUGAUGAUGGAAUUCAAAUUCAAAGAAUCAAGAAUGAUCGAGUGAUAUUUGAAAAUGAUAAUAAUAAUAAUAAUAAUAACAACAAAAGAAUUAAAUUGAAUGCUAUUUCGAUUACUGGUGAUGAUGAUGAUGAUGAUGAAGAAGAAGAAGAUAAAUGUAUAGUGAUGAAAAUGAUACCAUCAAUCAUUAAUGAUAAAAAUACUGCUAUCACUACUGCUGCUACUACAACAAAUGCUGUUAAUCGUCCAUUUACAUUAAAUACAAUCAAAUUACCAAUGAAUCCGAAUAAUUCAUCAACAAAAGUAAUGUUAUCAUAUGUUAAUUCACAUGCAAAAAUGACUGCAUUGGUACAUCCAACACAACGUAAAUCAUCGAAUAAUAAUAAUAAUAAUAAUGUUGCUGAAAAUCAUUUGAUCAUUGAUAAUGGUGAUAUUUAUGAUUUCAAAGAAUCUGGAGAAAAUAUUGACAACGAUAAUAGAGAUGAUAAAUUUCAAUCAAUGAAAAAUGUUGAUGAUAAAAUAGCCGAUAAUGAUGAUGUUGAUGUUGGUGAAACAAUGAAAACAGAAACGGAAAAGACAUCACCAUUACAUUCAAUUUCGAAUAUAAUUACUACCGUAUCCGAAAAAGAUGAUGACAACAAUAAAAUCAAUGAAACGAAGAAAUGUCAAAGAAAUAAUUUACCACCGACAAAUAAUCAUAAUAUAUUGAAAAAUAUGUUUUGUUUACCAAAACCACUUGAAAAUCCAAAAUUAUCCUCAUUAAUACAAGCCGAAAAGAAUCAUAUACAAUUAUCGUUGGAUAAUAAGAAUCAUAAACAUAUGGAACCAUUACCAGCACAUCGUAAUAAUAAUCCGCCAAAAAUUACUGCUGCCCCUAUCGCCAAUACAAUGAAUGACGAAAUAUUGGAUUUAUCGAUGAAACAAUGUUGUCAAAACAACAACAAUAAUCGAAUGCUUUCACCAAUAGCUUUGAUCAAAGAAUCAACAAAAUCAAAUCGAUCAAACGAAUCUUCAGGUAUUUUAUUGGAUCUAAGAGCUAAAAAUAAAACAAUCACUCGCAAUAAUAAUAAUGAUCAUAAAUCAUCGACAAUUCAUCUUGUAACGACACCAAUGUUGCCUCCACCGUCAUCGAUGCAACAUUCAACGACAGAAUUUCAACAAAAUUCACAAAUUCGUAUUCAAAAUGAUGGACGAAGAAUUUCUAAAAAUAAUCAUUCUAUUGACGUAAGACAAUCAUAUAGUAAAAUCAAUCAGCCAUCAAUUAUUAAUCAUGAACCUAAUCAUACAAAACGUAUUUCACAUAAAUCCAAAAAAACAAAUCGACAACAACAACAAUCAAAGUUGAUGAAUUCUUCUUCUAUUCGUCCAUCAUUGUUUAAUAAUAAUGUCCCAUCGAUAUCGGAAUAUAAUCCUCAAUUGCCAUCAUUUAUUGGAUCUCAUCAUUGGCCCAAUUGGACUGGAACCACUACCAAUGUUCCAUUUGCCUUAAGAUCAAUGUUUCCAUUGUAUGCAAAUACAAAUCUUUCGAUGCCAUCUCCUUCUAAUGCUACUACUAUAAUACCUCAUUCAAUUAACAAUCCAACUUAUCAUCAACAGCAACAACAAUUUCAGAAUUUCUCAAAUGUUUUACCUCAACACAAUUUUCCAACACCACCACCAGCACCAGCACCACCAACACAACCAUCGCCAACAACAUCUAUGAUAAAUCCAUCAUCAUCUGUACUUGACAUUGGAUCAUCAUCAUCAUCAUCAUCACCUAAUUCAACAAUAACAACAACAGCUAAACAAUUAUUGGAAGCUUAUAAUAAUAAUAAUCAAUUUCUACAAUUUCUUAGUAAUGGUGGUGGAAAUAAUAUAAAUAAUGCAUAUGCCAAUCUAGCAAAUUUAUUUGCUUCUACUAAUUCGAUAUCGAAAUAA